AAUAAAAAAUACUUCUGUAUAUGAAUUCCAUGUCAGAAACAGGAUAUGGAUGGUGGUUUAAUACAGAAGAUCGUGUGUUCAAGGCUACGGUGCCCAGCGAAUUAUGUGUAGGAUUCAACGAUAGUGUAGCUUUGAUAGAAAAGACAUUCGUGGAACAGGGUCCCUUCGACGGCAUACUAGGUUUCUCGCAAGGAGCUGCCUUUGUCAGUAUACUAUGUGCUAUGAGACAGAAGAAAAAAUUACAAAUUGAAUUCAACUUUGCUGUUAUGAUAUCUGGAUUUAAGUCAUUGUGCGCGCCUCACGCAGAGUAUUAUAACGAAGAAAUAGAUAUACCUUCUUUACACGUUUAUGGAACGAAUGAUCAAGUGAUCCCAACAGUAAUGGCGGAGCAAAUAAGUUGUCUUUUUCAUAACAAGAAAGAGAUGCGACACGACGGUGGUCACUAUGUACCAAGCAAAAGACAUAUUUACACAGAUUUUAUAAUGGAAAUGCAUGCAAAUAAAAAUUCAAACAUUUAAUGAUAA